UCUUUUUCUUUUUUUUUUCGAUAAAUUGUUCCCUAUCAAAGCCCUCGCCGACCGCCGACGCUGCCUUAUCGCAGGCCGAGUUCCUCGAUUGCUGCCCAACUUUGCGGAGCAAUUUCGUCGCCUCGCCGCUGAAGUGUACGUUGGAACCUAAGAUUCCGUUCCGGUUCUUUGCAGGUUAUUCACGGCAAAAAGAAGCGUUUUGCGGAUAAUUUGAAUCUGAAGGGCGAUUCUCCUGCACCGUGAAAAUCUUCAUAAAUGGCAACUCUUAAUGACUCUUUUCUGGCUGAUCUUGAAGAAUUGUCCGACAAUGAAGAUGAACUUGUGGAUGCCGAUAUUGACAAUACUGAGCACAUGGAAGAAGACAUAGAUGGUGAAUUGGCAGAUAUAGAAGCACUUAACUAUGACGAUCUGGAUAGUGUGUCCAAACUACAGAAAACACAACGCUACAUUGAUAUCAUGCAGAAAGUUGAAGAUGUGCUGGAAAAGGGAUUUGAUGAUAAAUCCCACGGAAUCGUUUUAGAAGAUGAUCCAGAAUACCAGUUGAUAGUGGAUUGCAAUGCUCUGUCAGUUGAUAUUGAAAAUGAAGUUGUGAUUAUUCACAACUUUAUUCGUGACAAAUACCGUUUAAAGUUUCCGGAACUUGAGUCUCUCGUUCAUCACCCUAUUGACUAUGCUCGGGUUGUCAAAAAGAUAGGGAAUGAAAUGGAUCUUACGCUUGUUGAUCUAGAAGGUCUUCUACCCUCUGCCAUUAUUAUGGUCGUUUCAGUGACAGCAUCAACUACCAGUGGCAAGCCUCUCCCCGAGGAUGUGUUGCAAAAGACCAUUGAUGCAUGUGACCGAGCUCUCGCUCUGGAUUCAGCCAAGAAAAAGGUUCUUGAUUUUGUGGAGAGUCGAAUGGGAUACAUUGCUCCGAAUCUUUCUGCCAUAGUUGGAAGUGCUGUUGCUGCAAAACUUAUGGGUACGGCUGGUGGUUUGUCAUCACUAGCAAAAAUGCCUGCAUGCAAUGUCCAGCUUCUCGGGGCAAAGAAGAAAAACUUAGCAGGGUUUUCGACAGCAACAUCCCAAUUUCGUGUUGGUUAUUUAGAACAAGCCGAGAUAUUCCAGAGUACUCCACCUGCCUUGAGGAUGCGUGCCUGCCGACUUUUGGCAGCUAAGUCUACUCUUGCUGCACGUAUAGAUUCCACUAGGGGCGAUCCAACUGGAAAUACUGGGAGAACCUUCCGUGCGGAGAUUCACAAGAAAAUUGAAAAAUGGCAAGAGCCACCACCAGCCAAGCAGCCUAAACCACUUCCUGUUCCUGAUUCUGAGCCUAAAAAGAGGAGAGGUGGUCGAAGACUGAGGAAGAUGAAAGAAAGAUAUGCUAUCACCGACAUGCGGAAGCUGGCAAACCGGAUGCAGUUUGGAAUACCUGAGGAAAGCUCAUUAGGUGAUGGACUUGGAGAAGGGUAUGGAAUGCUUGGUCAGGCUGGUAGCGGAAAACUACGUGUAUCGAUUGGCCAAAGCAAGCUUGCUGCUAAAGUAGCCAAGAAAUUUAAGGAGAAACAGUUUGGAACGAGCGGUGCAACUUCUGGGCUUACUUCUAGUCUAGCAUUCACGCCUGUGCAGGGAAUCGAGCUUUCGAACCCACAGGCUAAUGCCAACCAGCUCGGCAGUGGAACUCAAAGUACUUAUUUUUCAGAAAUCGGAACUUUUUCAAAGAUCAAGAGGACAUGAAACAACACUCACCAAUGAAACUGCCAAUUUGCUGUUAUGAUGAGGUGAUGUGAAAUUUAAUUUUGGCGAAGGUUGUGUUGUUUUUGGUUUAUUACAGUCGGAUUGGAUUUGCGGAUGUAUGUAUGUAUGUUUGUUUUGGUUGUGAAGAAAAUCAGAAAUUCUCCUCUAGUUUAUUCAUUUUACAUUAAUUAGAUUAGUUAGUUCUGAUUUGCUUUGUUGACGUAACUUGAAAUUAGGCAAAUUGAAUUGAAUGUGAUGUUUUGGAA